AUGCCGCCACGGCCCAUGUGGCUUAUAAAAGAAGACGAAAUUAGGGAGGAGUUCAUCAAGGGCGGCCGAGGGCCAGGAGGCCAGAAGAUCAACAAGACCAACUCUAAGGUGCAACUCACGCAUUUGCCCACGGGGAAGGUGGUGACGUGUCAAUACUCACGAUCGCAGGAGAAGAACAGAAAGCGUGCCCGGGAGAUUUUGGCGAUGAAGCUCGAGGAAAUGCAAGACCCCGAGAACUGUCGAAGUGCAGUUAUAGCAAAAAGGAAGACGAUGGUGAAGCAGAAUAAGGCAAAGAAGCUGAGAAGGAAGUACGCGAAGCUCGAGGAAGAGAGGAGUGAGGAGGAAGAUGAGGUAAAUGAGGAAGGCGUGGACAUUGAGGACGAGGUGGAGCAGUUUCUCAAGCGGGCCAGAGGAGAGAAGUAG